UACCGGGCCACGCGCGUUUUUCGACCGCCACCGUUGAAUUUCGGUCCGUUUUGUCGUCAUCGUUGCUAUACUUCCAUAUCUGCACGUCGUCUACAUGUGACGAUAACAAUUUUACAAUCGUAUUGCACUUGAUUACGAACAGGUUUUUUAACAAACUUUUGUCGCGACGUUUUAUCUCGUUUAGUUCGGAAAGUAUAAACAGAAAAUCACGGCGCACGGGAGACUAACCGGAGUAGCUUUCGUUUCGAUAGUUAUAUUAUAUUUGAAUACACCUACCUGUCCUACCUAGUAAUAAAGUUAUUAACUAAACGAAGAUAUAUAAUUUUUUUUACUUUUAUUGUUCAUUCCAAUAAAUUAUGAUCAACAGUCCGCGCGAACAACAGGUGCAGGACGAACCGGUAGAUCAUCCCAAAAUUCUAUCGUCUUUCAACAACCGAAAUCCGUUGUAUACGGGAGUAAUCGAAAACAGUGAAAUAGAAAUUGAUAAGAGAAACGGAAUAUAUGACGUGCCCCAACAAACAGAAAAUGUAUACGUGCAUUUGUCAAGUAAACCUAUAAGCCAAAUGCUAGAAAACUGGAAUCAAGAAGACCGCGCGGCGGUGAUGUAUCAGCAAAAUUCAAUGAAAACCGAAUUGAAAUCACCUGCAGACUGUUGUGGUAGGUCUACACGGUAUUUCACCGAUCAUUAUUAUCCACACUCGCCAACCAACUUCAGAAGCCUGGCCACUAGAAACCUUUACUACGAUUAUUACGAUCCACCUGCAAUGGUGGCGCACAAGAAAGACCCAGACGCCAAGUCCUAUUACGGACAGGACGCCAACGACAACGCCACAAGAUACUCGACACAAGGUGGUUCGCCGCUAUUUUUGAGCACGUCUGACGUGUUCAACUACCAUCACUCGACGCACAUGCACAUACAACCACCUCCUCAUCCACCCCCGCACUCACCGCCACCUCCACCACUGGCACCGACGGUUACCAUUAGCAAGGAUCAUCAGGAUGGAGAUGUCACAGAAUUAAAGACAGCCGCAUCUUUAGGCCACGAUGGUAGUGGGGUAGGGUACACUGGAGUCUCCGUGCCGCCGCAACCCCAACGCAGAGGCGCCUUGCAGCUGUGGCAGUUUCUGGUCACGUUGCUGGACGACCCGAAUAACGCUUCGUGUAUCGUAUGGACCGGAAGGGGCAUGGAGUUUAAACUGGUCGAACCAGAAGAGGUGGCUAGACGAUGGGGAUUACAGAAAAACAGACCGGCAAUGAAUUACGACAAAUUGAGCAGGUCGCUCAGGUAUUAUUACGAAAAAGGGAUCAUGCAAAAAGUGGCUGGCGAACGGUACGUUUACAAAUUUGUUUGCGACCCCGAGGCGCUCUUCAACAUGGCGGCCACGUACGAUUACGCUGCAGUAUCCGAUACGUCCGGUGGGCACGUUGGCGUCACGAACUCGACCGCGGGACAUCACCAUCAUCUGCACCACCACCAUCACCACCAUCAUCACCAGCAGCUGGCCACCAGGUACGCCGCCGCCGCUGCCGCAGCCGCUGCUGCUGCUGCGGCCGCUGCCACCGCCGCGGCCAACAUGCACACUGCAGACGGUGCAGCUCCGACGGGCUACGGUGGUCCGCCGCCCACCGUGGGAUCUGACGUCAACGGUGGCGGCUCUUACGCUUGCACUUACGGCGGUGGCGGCGACGGGGGCGGUAAGUCCGUCACGAUUGUUACCGCCACGACUUCAGCGUCCACGAACGCGACAACCACUCCCCCCACAUCUUCGCCUUCAUUGUCGUCGUCCACUUCGUCUUCAUCGUCCUCGUCGUCCACGUCGUCGAUGGCCGACGGCGGCGGCGUCAAGUCCGAAGCCGCCAGAGACUGUAAGUCGACGGUGGUGGCUGCUGGCAGACGCCAUCACCAUCACCAACUCCAAAGGCCAGAAAUGGCGGUCGACCGUCACCAACACCAACACCAUCUCCAACACCAUCAACACCACCACAACCAACUCCACCAGCUGCAGCAGCAACAGCAACAGCAGCAACAGCAACAGCAGCAGCAGCAACAACAACAACAACAACAACAAUUGCAACAGCAACAUCAACGUCACGGAGAAGAAAUGACAGUCGAUCAUCGCCAUCACCAACAUAAUCAUCCGGCGUUGGUAGUCGACACAGCCACCACCACCACUACCGGUGAUGGAGCAGGUUACUGGUCCGCUGGAGUCUUCGUCCGAUAAUACCUACAUAAUAUUAAAAUUUAUGAGUUAAGUAGAUAUAAACCAUGUACAUUAACUGUUUUAUUAUUGUUAGAUCGUACCUCCGAUGUCUCAUGACGACUUAUUUCGAGUGAGUUCUUCAAUCGUUUAAUGUUGUAAGUAAAUAAGUAAUCUAAAAUCGACCAAAUUAUGUAAUAUGGGGAAUGCGGAUAUAACAACGAGUUUAUUUAGAACCUUUUUGGGGUAAAAGUCCGGAUUUUGGACGCAGGUGAUUGCACGGUCCUGGGGCCACCAUCAUGUUUCACACUUUAAAAAUUAAUUUCAAAAAAUAAAAUAAAAAAUGUCCAUAUCACGAAACAUUACUAAGUGAUAAGUUCAUAACAAUGUGAUAACGUUUUUGAAUUCCUUAGUAAAAAUGAGAGUUAUGCGGAAACCCCGAUCAUUCAAGGUGUCAUAUUUUCUGAAUCCCUGUUUUCUCGACUUUUCGUACCUAGUUAAACUAUAUGUAUUAAUAAAAAAAACGCUUCUCAAAACAGUAUACUGUGUGGAAAUGGCGGGAAAUGAGCAAUUUCAGUCGUGUGCGACGUUUGCCCAAGACUGAAAUUUCAUUCCCGCACAAAUUACACGUGCCUCCUAUUUUUGUCACUUCUCUGCGUUCAUCGAUCUCGGCAAAGGUAAUGUAAGGAUCUAUGCAACAACCAGACUAUUCCAUGAAAUCAAUUUCACGGAAAAAAAUUUUCCCGCGUCACGCAAAGGGGUUAUAAUAUGAUCAAAAGAUGUAACCAAAAGUUUAUGUCUUGCAAGGGCCGACAUGGUAUAGAUUUGAAUGUCUGAGAUACGUCCAGCACUUUUGGGGAUUUCCAGUUUAGUACCCGCUGGACGGAAAAAAGGUCGCUUUCCAACGAUUCAACCGUCGUCUAAAACUAAACUUUCGGUGCAGGAGUGACAAAAAAAAUAUGUUAUAUUAUAAUAUUGUCCAGCGAGAGAAAACACCGAUUCUGUUCAUUCUCACGCGACACCGCCAUCAGUGCCAUAGAGGCCAAUUUCACUAUGGCAGGGAAUCGGCUGGAGAUGUGCAAAAUUGCAGAAACCCCGAUAUUUUGGUGUGUCUCGCUGGACAGAACAGAGUUUCUAUCUUAAUAUUAUAAAUUAUAAUAGGUACCCACACCAAGUAUAAUCAUUUGUUUGAAUUUUUAAAUAUUUUAAUCAACAGGAUAAAAUGUAUUACCUCUAAGUACAGUAUAUUUCAACUUCGAAUUUGAAAAAAAUUGACUGCAUUAAAAAAUUUAAGUAGGGAUUAUAUUAGGUUUUAUUUUAAUUUUCAUAUUAUACUUUCCUAUUUCUACUUAGUACAGUAGUUGAAUUAAUUAUUUUCUAUAAAGAUAAAAUAGUAAUAUUAGUAAUUAUCAACCAUUAGGUUAGGUAUAUAAUAAUAUGGGUACCUGUUUAAGUGUAAGCAAUUAAUCGUUACUAGUUAGUCGUUUAUUUAACUGUAAACUUUAUUAAUCCUUGACUGAAAAAUCUCAACAUUUUAUACUGUAACGAAAUGUAAAUUGCAGUUAGUUUACAGUCCACGUCUAGUCAUAAUAAUUAGAACAAAAAUGUUAUGAUUAAAGCCACACUACAUUAUAAUGUAGAGAUAAAUAUUAAAUUGUAUUCACUUUAUAUUGUAAGCCUAUGCUGCCAGUGAUGUACUGAUGUCGGUAGCUAGUAAAAAUAUGUGGAAAAUAUUAUGAAGAUGGCACUUUAUUCGAAAGUUCCGAAUUCUUUAAAUAGCCAAUAAUAGCCGACUUGUUCAAUAUUCAUUUUGGUACAACGUGUACGUAUAGUACCUAUACUUAAGUUGAAAUAAUAGUUUAAUGAAUAAUAUAAAUAAUAACAAUUGUCUCUCCUCCCACCCCCCAUACAAUAGUAACUACAAUUACUAUUAUUAUAACAUUUUAUAAUGUUUGAUCUCUUGCUAAUCUGUUUUUAAAAAGUAAACGAACAAGUUGUUUACAUUUUAAUCGGAUACUACACUAAAGUGCUGCUUGUCUGUAUGUAUAAUUUUAUAUACCUACUAUAAUUUAUUAGUCUAUGGUCUAAUAGAGUCAGAGAGUCUAUAUACCUACUCUACCUCUAUAAACCACGCUCGUAUAAUAUUAAUAUUAUAUAAUUAUAUAUUAUCUGAUUCAAAUGACAAAUAAAUUAUUAUUAUUUUAUAAUGAUAGAAUUUGAUCAUAUUUCAAUCACACUAUGUCGGUGUAUGGAGCAUAAGUUACUAUACCAUAAUAUUAUAGUAUACAGUAUUUCAUAUUUGGUGUGAGUGUGUGAAAAAAUUGUUGAUUAUUACGAAAUAACUCAAUGUAAUCCUUAACAUUUUUGCCGCAGAAGAUUUGAAAGCUGUUGUAUAUAUUAUAUUAUGUAAUAUUAUAAUUUAUAAAUUAUCAUAUUAUAGGUAUAUUUUAUUAUAUGUAGAUAACAGAAUAAGACUUUAACUGAACAAAUAUGUUUUUAAGUGCAAUUAACUAUAUAUUAUAUAUUGUUAUUAUUGUAUAAUGCUA